AGUACGAGCUGCUGUCAGCAAACAUAUCAAAGUUCCGUGUUGUGGAACUCCGUGUUUGGGACGGUUUCUGUUGACGUGUGAGGCGAGGGAGACGAGCUGAUCAGCAUGGCCUCCUCUGAUGAUACAGAAGGGUGUCUGACUUCUGUCGACUUUAUCCAGCUGCAGUAUUACAUGGAGUACGGCAGCUUGAGAGUGAAAGAUGUGGUUAAGGACUUUCAGCCCCGUGGUCGGUUUGCCCAGCACAGUUUUGGAGAGCGCAUCGAUGCAGUGGGUUUCUCUCUAUUUCUCAAGACCUAUCUAGAGGUGGAUGACUUCCCGUCAGAUUUCUGCCAACGCCUUUAUCGUUAUUUUCAACAUAUGGACCAGGACGGGAACGCAACAAGCCCUCAGGACAAACGAGACGGGGUCUCUCUUCGUGACGUGUCCUGCUACUUCUCUGUGCUGGAGGAAGGACAGCCACGGGAGAAGCUCGAAUUUACUUUCAGACUUUAUGACAAAGACUGCAACGGACUCCUGGACAGUUCUGAAGUGGAUCGUAUAAUCAACCAGAUGAUGCGCGCUGCUGAUUACCUGGGUUGGGAUGUGACUGAACUCAGACCAGUUUUGAAAGACAUGAUGGCGGCGAUCGAUGUGGAUGACAGUGGGACGGUCACUCUGGAGGAGUGGGUGAAAGGAGGCAUGAAUAAUGUGCCUUUACUUGUUCUACUUGGGCUGAAGAUGACGGAGAGGGAUGGGCAGCAUAUCUGGAGGAUGAAGCAUUACAACAAGCCGACCUACUGUUGUGUGUGUCAGGGCAUGCUGCUUGGCCUCAGGAAGCAGGGGCUCUGCUGCACAUGUUGCAAGUACACAGUCCACAGCCAGUGUGCCAACAAGAAUCCAGAGUUGUGUGCUCGUACCUUUGUCAAGUCUAAAAAGGAGAUUGGUGUAGCAGCUCACGACUGGAUCAGAGCUGACUGCAGCUCCGCCAAGUGUCAGGUCUGCAACAAGAAGAUUAAAACUUUAGCGGGGAGGCGCUGCGUGUGGUGCAAGGAGAUGCGGCAUGAUGAGUGUGUUUUCUCUGGCUUAUCGUCCUGUGAUUGUGGACCACUGAGAGAUCACAUACUGCCUCCAUGGGCCAUAUAUGCCGUCUCAAAGGAGGAGGACAGCAGCCUUUUAAAUGUCACACCUGAUGGCCACAUCCUGCAGAUUGUUCCAUUUCCAGACAUCCACCCUCUGUUGGUGUUUGUAAACCCAAAAAGUGGAGGAAAACAGGGUGAACGAGUGCUCAGGAAGUUUCAGUUCCUGCUGCACCCCCGUCAAGACAACAACCUGGCACAUCCAGGGCUCCACUUCUUCCAUAAUCUGCGUGACUACAGAAUCUUGGUGUGCGGAGGUGAUGGCACAGUGGGCUGGCUUCUUGAUGCUAUAGACAAAGCAGACCUCCAGGUGCAUCCACCAGUAGCUGUGCUGCCUCUUGGCACUGGGAAUGACCUGGCUCGCUGUCUUCGCUGGGGAGGAGGCUAUGAGGGCUCAGACUUGAGAGAGAUCCUGAAGGAGAUUGAAGCCAGCGAGUUGGUUCCAGUGGACCGCUGGAGCAUUCAGGUGAUACCAGAAGACCCUCAAGAGGCGGGAGAUCCUGAGCCUUAUGAGAUCAUCAACAACUACUUCUCUGUUGGAGUCGAUGCAUCUAUUGCUCAUCUAUUUUCCAGAGAAAAGCGUAACGUUACUUUUCUUGUUUUAAGAAUGAAGAACAAACUUCGGUAUUUUGAGUUUGCCACCUCUGAGACCAUCUCUGCCUCUUGUAAGAAGCUGAAGGACUGUCUCGUGAUUGAGUGCUGUGGAAGACCGCUGGACCUGAGCAGCAAGUCACUGGAGGCCAUAGCUGUCCUCAACAUACCCAGCAUUCAUGGAGGCUCCAACCUCUGGGGCGAGUCCAAGAAGCCUGAUGGUAUGACCCCCGAUGUGGAGGGCGGUGAGGUUAUCACCGACCCUGAGCUUCUUAAAACAAUCUCACAGGACAUGAGUGAUAAGCGUUUGGAGGUGGUGGGGCUGGAAGGAGUUAUAGAGAUGGGACAAAUCUACACUGGACUAAAGAGUGCCGGGCAGAGACUGGCACAGACCUCUCAAAUUACCAUCAGGACAACUAAAGCUCUGCCCAUGCAAAUUGACGGGGAGCCAUGGAUGCAGCCUCCUUGUACUAUCCACAUAACUCACAAGAACCAAGCUAGCAUGCUCAUGGCUACAACAUCCAAAUCAUCCAGCUUCUUUCAUCGCAAGUAGAGUGGGUGGAAAUGAUGCAGGAUUACAUGCAGGAUAAGUAUUUUGAGAAUUUUGAGUUUUUUAUUAUUAAGUAUUCAUGUGUAUGUCUUUUGCACCUAAUCCCUGAGAGAAUUCUGAAUUAUUUCAAAGCACAGGCCGCUUGCAUUUAGAUGGCGACAAGCAAACAUUAAGCAGGUUAAUGUGGCCAGUCAUCAGAAAUGUACAGCUCCUUAGCCAAGGAUACCUGCAGAAAGGUACAGGGAGGGAGGGAGAGAGAGAGGGCAGACUGACAGACCAAAACUGCAGAUUUGCUUACUCAGUCUGAAUGCCGCUAUUGGGUGCCAAUUUAAAUGGAAUGCAUUUGUUUUUUGUUUUUCUAAAUAAAAUAGCAAAGCAUGUUGUGUAUCUAUUGAACAAGUAAUAUACAGUAUAUUUACCUAUAUAUGUAGUUUUUAAUGUAGCUGGUGAUGAACUGGUUUUAUUUUGCCUUCAAAAGCUCAGAGCGGCUCUCCUUGUCCAACAACACUAUGCUACCUGUCUGUCAUUGUCAGUGUAUGUCCAGCUGAAAGAAAACUAUACAAUGUAUUUAUUCUUUUUUUAUUGUUUCUUAAAUAGGUCUUG